GUAGUUUGUUACAGCUGACCAAACUGAUAACAGAUGAACAACAGAAAAAGAAGAAAGAUGUCUGAUGAAGAAACUUUCGACAACACUGUUAAAAAAAUAAAAACAUUGUUUCAUCAAAGAGAAACAGUCACAGAGAGUGAAGCAGCAGGCCCAUCAGUUCCCACUGCAGCUGCUGCUAGGAGUGUGUGUGAAGAUCCCACAGUGAGAAAAAAGAAGAUCAUUGGGGAGUUGCAAAUCAUUGAAGAGAAAUACUCAUUGAAGCUUCCAACUGAUGUGAAGGUUGUUAAUGACUCUGUUCAUGGUCACAUUGAGCUGCACCCCCUGCUGGUGAAGAUCAUAGAUACGCCUCAGUUUCAGAGACUCCGAGACAUCAAACAGCUGGGAGCGGGAUACUGGGUCUUUCCUGGGGCUUCACACAACCGCUUUGAACACUCCAUUGGUGUGGCACAUUUAGCUGGAUGUCUGGUCAAGAGUCUGCAAGAGAAACAGCCGGAGCUAAAUAUUAACAAUCGAGAUGUUCUUUGUGUUCAAAUUGCUGGUCUGUGCCAUGACUUAGGUCAUGGUCCAUUCUCUCAUUUGUUUGAUCUGCUCUUCAUUCCUGCAGUCAAGCCUGGUUCCAAAUGGAAGGUGCGUCAAACUACAUACACAAGACUUCAGGCUGAGGGCAAAUGAGAUGCUCUUUAUUCUUUAAUGAGGGUUUAAACAGACAGUUAAUGCAGAAACUCAUUAGCACUGCAGAUCCAUUCACAAUCUGGUGAUGUUACUGACUUAACCUCAUGCUCCACCAUCUUAACUCUA